CAAAAUAGAUUCGUUUUUGUUGAAUAAAGAGUUGACUCAUUACCUGUGUGAAGCAAUCAAAGAUGUCAGCCAUGAACUUCAUCAAAUCAAACAGGUGGAAAUAAUGGUUGAAGAUGAAAAUUCAUUUACUAAAGUUCUUGGAUACUUCAAACUGGAAAAAACAGGUCUGCUAAAAAUGAAAGAACCUUUGAGAAUAGUAGUAAGUGGAUUUAAGGAGCAUGUUGCAAAAGCUGUUGCUGAAAUUAAGGAGAAAUUUUCACAGUUGCAGACAGGAAAUGAUAUUACAGAAGCACAGCAUGAAAAUGACAAAAAAGACACAAAAAUCAAAGGAACUACUUCGGGUAAAAUAUUCAUUGAGCCAUCAUCAAUAUUUGCAAAAUAUGUUGAAGUGCACAAUAUCCCAGAGGGACUAAGCAAAAAACAACUGAUAUUAGACUUGUUUAUGGGCGGAGAGUUUCCCAUAAGACCCCCAAAACUUGUAUAUAAUGUGGGAAGCAGCAAAGCCCUGCUCAUUUGUCACCGUGAACAAGAUGCUAAAGAGCUAUCAGAGUGUACAAGUCUAGUACCUUUUAAAUUUUCUUCUGUAAAAGGAAAGGCUCUUAGUUCAGUUACUAAAACGAUAGAUAAAAAAACUGUUGAGAAAAUGAAAAAAGAUGGCAAGUAUGACAAAUUUAAACAGGAACUUGAAAAUGCUGACAUACAAAUUAAAGGAGAAUCACCAUUUAUGCUUGUUGCCCCAUCAACUUUCCAGUGCUGUUAUGUCUUGUCAAUAUUGGAAGAAUUGACAGGGACUCCAUCAGCGCCACAUCUACCGGGUAGUAUACAGGACAAUGAGACGGUCACCUCUGAACAUGAUGGCUUUCACAAAAUUGAAACGAUCAAAGAUGUGCAGGAAAACGUUUGGGACAUUCUUUGUUGUUCAAAUCAGUUAAUACAAAUAAAAGACAAAUGCAAGGAUAUAUCCUAUGACAAAGAUACAUUUACUGUUAUAAUUGGACAGGAAGUAUGCAAAGAUGAUUUUAAAAAGAUAACUGCGAUUGUAGGUAAUUUACGUGCAAAGGAAUGGGACGAGAUACCACUUGAAGCACAGCAUUGUAAUAAAUCUAAAGUAGACAGAUGGUGUGAUGAGGUUAAAGAGGUCAUGUUGUAUGAAUGUUGCAAAUAUAUUGAUGGCAAGGUUUUAGUAUAUGCUAAGAACUAUGAUGAUAUAAUGAAGAUCAAACAUCUCUUUGGUGUUAAGACCGGAAAGAUCAAAACAACUGGAAAAGGGAAAAGAGGAGGAAAGGCAAGUUCUGAUAAAGAUGACAGACAAGUUGAUACUCCUGGAUCAUCUGGAGCUGAAAGUAAAAGUCCAGAUCGUAGAAUUGAUGGUAAAAACUUAAAGAAAUACAUCACAAAAGAGAACAUAUAUGUUUAUGUUUAUGAAGCUAAUAUACUGAAUCUUGAUGUGGACUGUAUUGUAAAUGCUGCAAAUGAAAGUCUGCAACAUGGAGGAGGUGUUGCUGCAGUAAUAGAAAAGGGUGCUGGCUACAAACUGAAAGAAGAAAGCAGAGAUUUUGUCAGGAAGUAUGGUAAUUUGCCAGUCGGAAAAGCUUGUACAACUACAGCUGGGAAUUUAAGCUUCGACUGUGUUAUACAUACAGUUGGUCCAAGAUGGUCUGCCUAUUCCCCACAUUCAAUGCAAGAUGUCCAAGAGUGUCAACUGCACCUGUAUCUGGCUGUAUAUAACAGUUUCCUAGAGGCAGAAAAAAGAGGUCUUAAGUCCAUUGCAUUGCCUGCAAUAAGCUCAGCAAUUUUUGGUGUUCCAGAAGAGAUAUGUGUACAGCAGUAUGCAAAAGCUACAUUUGAUUACAGCAGAAAAACUUCUGAUGAGCCAACUGCAUUAAAAGAGAUCCAUUUUAUUGACAAGAAUUCAAAUAUAGUGAAGAAAAUACAGGAUGCCUUUUACUUAGUGUUUGUUAAAGGAGAAAUGCCUGAUUGUGAUACCAGCAAGUUUGUCAAAAGCCGGAGACAUGGCAAAGGACAUUCCCCUGGAAGUUAUACUGGAGCACAAGCCAGUUUUAGCAGCAGUGUACACAAGGAUAGCUUUUAUGCUCAAACCCAAUUCGCUACAAGUGAUGUUUUUGAAGUAACCCAGACAGAGCCAUUAUCAUUUUUUGAUGAUGAAUCAAGCGCAUAUGCAUAUCUCCUGCAUGGAAAAGAAGAAUAUAAGCUGCUUUUAAGUCGAGGGGAUCUGUUAAAAGUUAAAGCAAGUGCUGUUGUUAUACCAGUUGAUGAUCGAGGAAAUCGUGGAAAUAUUGCUGGUAGUCUGUUUUCAAGAAUACCUGAAAUAUACCGUAAAGACUACACUUUUAAGCUGUCUUCAGAAUGCCAUCGUAAAAAAGAGUGUGAUGUUUUCAUUACACAGGGUUAUGAGUGUGAUUAUCCAUUUAUUGUACAUGCAAUUUACCCAGCUAAUGCUAAAAACAAACAUAUCAGCCAAAGAAAGCAUGAUGUUCAAAAGCUGUAUAAGAAUGUAUUUAGUUUGUGUGACACAAAGACUGGAAUUUGUGAAGUUGUUGCACCGUUACUUGGCCCAGAUAUUAGAUCAGAUAGUGAUAUACGGGCAUGUGCAGAAAUGUUUCUUCAGAGUUAUCUAGAUUACUAUUCUAGACCUGUCACUAAGAAGUCUCUGCUUGUUCACCUUGUUUGCAGAGAAGACCUCGUAUAUGACUGUGUCAAAAGGGUUUUUGAUGAAUAUGUCAUGUCUAAAAAGGCGGAAUUGAACAAGACCCAGGAAUACAUGGACAUUUCACCAAGUACCCAACCAGUUGAGACACCAGAUAAUCACGAGGAAGAGAAUUGUGUUAUAUGUAUGGAUACAAUUACUGAUCCAGAAACGUUAAAAUGUGGCCAUACCUUCUGUAAAGAUUGUAUUCAAGCAUACUUCCGAGUAAAAGAAGUAUGCCCUACUUGUGGUCAAGUGUGUGGUGUUAUAACAGGUGAUCAACCAGCCGGAGAGAUGAGAUGUGCUGUAGACAGGUUUACUGAUUGUAGUGGUUAUAAUGGACACGGAAGGAUUGCGAUAACUUACAAUUUCCCAAGUGGUAGACAAGGGCCUGAACAUCCUAGUCCAGGAACCUUCUAUAAAGGCAUCACAAGAGUUGCUUACCUUCCAAAUAAUGAUGAGGGUCGUAAAAUACUAGCUAUGUUGGAGGUUGCUUUCAAGAGGAAGUUGGUUUUUACAAUAGGAAAUUCAAGGACAACAGGACAGGAGGGUGUGAUAACAUGGAAUGAUAUACACCACAAAACAAACCCAAGACCCCACCAACAGUUUGGUUAUCCAGAUCCUGGUUAUUUGGAAAGAGUUAAAGAUGAACUUGCUGUGAAAGGUGUAACAGAAAAGGAUAUCCAAAAACAAUAGUUCACUGAGAUAAGACUUUAAUGAAGGUAGUGAAAUCGUCAACUGCAUAAUAUACACAGUCUUAAUUACUUAUGAUAUGAUCCAUAAGCAUGAUAUUCAUGUGAAAGAUGUCUAUAUGUGUUUAAUAUAUAAUUAUGUGAAAUUGAUUGUCCAAGUUUGACAUGAAAAAUUACAGUUGAUUUAUAAUCAAAUAUAAGAAAAUAAAUAAAAACAAUUAUAAUUUUAUCAAAAUGUUUUAAAAAGUAGAUGGAUUGAUAUAUUACAAUCUUUCCAUUGUUUAUAUUUUUGUUACAUUAUUACAUUUUAUAUAUAGUAUUUAUACAGGUUAAUUUUCAGUUGCAAGCUUGUUUUAUAUGUCAUUUAUAUAUGAAAGAAAUCAUGUACUCAUUGUACAACUAAGCUCAAAUUUAGAUGAUGUUUGGUACAUAGAUGUAAUUAUUUGAAUUGUGUUUCACUAAAAGUUCUACAUACUUUAUUAAAAAAAAAGACCAUUCAGUUAAAGCAACAUGCUACAAGAUAGAUACAAGCUUUUAUGAAAAAAUAUUUUGAAUCGAGAAAAAAAAAAAUAUAAUGUAUAAAUAUACAAAUGAGUUAUAUGUACAACGUAAUGUGGUACUCAAUACCACACUAAGAAAAUGUAAAAAUGAUGUAAAAAAAAGCUCAGUCAACAUUAUUUAUUUGUUUGAAAUACAUUGAAACAAUUGGUUAACUUAGACAAUUUUUUUGAAGAUGGGUAGAACUUUUUAAAAAAAACUUGCAAUUGUUCGAAAUAACACAUAAAGUACUUAUCUGCUAGAUAGUUUACCAAGAAGGCAAGUAAUUUACAAUAAUCAUUGCUUCAGAAGUUGUUACAUUGUUUUCAUCUGAAAAUAAAUACUUAAUACUUAUAUAUAAAUGUAUACACUGUAUAGUUUGACUUUGAUUAGUUAGUAAAUCAUUGGUGAUUUAUUUUUCUUUUAGAGCUUAGAGGCUAUAUCUUAACUUAAGUGUUAAAGUUUGCUGAUAUGUAUUCUAUCGUGUGUUGAUAUGUAUUCUAUUGUGUGUUGAUAUGUAUUCUAUUGUGUGUAUCUUAUUUUGUAGACUUCUUUCAAGUUACUGUGUUUUGAUGUUAUCAUAUCAAUUGUAAGCUUAGAGGAAUGGUUCUAGACUUAUGUAUAAUAAUUUACAGUAUGUAAACGAAACCACUUUACCCUGUCCUCUGAGCCUAUAAAAUACAAUGUGUAUCCUGUCUUGCAAUUACAAACGCAUGUUUUUUUCCGACAACUGAACCUUUCUUGGGAGCCCAUAUAUAUUUAACUUAAAGUGACAUUAUGCUCAUAUUUUCAUUGUCCAAUUGAGCUGAAUUGACUUUAUAUUUCAAAAGAUUGACUGUUUAAAUGAUGUUUGACCAACAGAUUAUAUUGGAAAAUGUUUAUAAUAAAAUUUAAAAUCUGCCUAAAAUAUAAAAAGACUGCCCCACUCUUUUUAUAAAUUGAAUGUUACAGGUAGAUUCUAAAUGACAUUCACUAAAAAAGCGUUCAAGUCCGGUGGUUAUUUAUUGUUAAUGCGAAGUAAAUUAUUAAAUCAAAAGAAGUGAUGACAAAAUGAAAAUUUAUUUUGACUCUCACCUGUUCACUCACUAUAUAUCUUUAGAUGGGCAUAAUGUCACUUUAAAGGUUUCUUGCAAUAACCGGAAGGAGUGUGCUUGGUAUUUUGUGAUAUUUUCAGCAUUUAUUGUUUUGAAUUUUGAGAUAGUUCAUAUUGAAUUUUGUAGACUUGGGUUUUGUUGAUUGCAGUUCAGGUGCAAAGGUUAUGAGUGUCUGGUUAUAUAUGGCAUUUUUUAAAAUGAAAAAAUUUACUAUCACACUAUAAUAGCAAAAGCGAGAACAUUUCCAUUGUAAUCUUGCAGAUAAGAGAGAAUGUAUUUCCAGUUUACUGUUAAACAACCAGUAGUAAAUAUUACACCAUUUGAAUUAUUGGGAUCAUACUUGAAUGUUAACAUAUAUUUCUUAAGAUCACUCUGCAUAUUGCAAUUUUUAAAUAGCUUUUGCAGUUCCUUUGUGUAAGUACGAUAAUGUUGAUUCUAUAUUUGAAUAUAGUAUAGUCUUUGUAGUUUAGAGAAGUUUAUUACUUUUAUUUAUGUUAAUUUUGAUUUAUUGAUUGAUUGAUUGAUUGAAAUUGGAAAUUAUAUGUAUAUAGACGUAAUAGAUCCUUACAAUUUUGUUUAAGUUGUGAUUGAUGGUAAAGAAAUAUAUAUAUUACAUACCUGUACAUUUCAAACAAGCAUUUUGGAAGUAUUCUAUUUAUAAUUCAAAUAAUUUUUUGCAUCAGAUAUUUUACUUAAAACACUUUAAAUGAUAAGCAAAUAUGUGAAGUAAAAACUUACAAUUAUCUUAUUAAUACAUUUUUCUUGUAGGUUGAAAUAAAUGAAAGUGAAUACUUGGGAAGAAAGACAAAAUUUAGAUCAUGAUUGAAAACUUAAGAUAUAAGUUAACGAUUAUUUUCUUGGUAAUUCCAAUUGCCUGUCUUUUCAUAAUUGUUAUCAUUGUUUUAAUAUCGCACAUGGCUUUGUUUUAAAGGGAUUGUUUAUGACAUGGUUUUAUUAGCAUUUUGUUCUGAUUAAUAGUAAGAUUUGUUAUGAUUACUUUUGUUAUUGUAUACCAUUUUUAAUGAGUUUCAAAUGUUGUUUUUGUUUUUUCAUGCAAUAUAUGAUUUGCUUCAUGUUAUAUAAUGUUAAAAUAUGUGAUAUGUUGAAGCAUACCUGUAUACCUAAUUGAUUUGUGGGCUAAUGUGAAAGGAGUUAUAUGUUCACAUCCGUGGCCAAGUGGUUAAGGUCGUUGACUUCAAACCACUUGCCCCUCACCGCUGUGGGUUUGAAUCCCGACAGGGACUUUGGAUUCUUUCAUGUGAGGAAGCUAUCCAGCUAGCUUACGGAACGUUGGUGGUUCUACUCAGGUGCCCGUUCGUGCCUGAAAUAAUGCACGGAAGGGCACCUGAGGUCUUCCUCCACCAGUAAAGCUGGAACGUCGCCGAAUGACCUAUACUGUGUUGGUGUGACGUAAAACCCAAAACAAACAAACAAACAAAUAAUUUAUGUUCACAUAUUGAAAAAUAGCAAAUUAAUGAUGUUUGUUAGAAUGGUGAAAAUAUCACAAGACAUGAUUGGUCCAGGCUUCAAGCUUUUAAAAGCGCAUUUAAUCUCCCCAUAUAUAAAAACAUUGACCAAACAAAUUAUAUCUCUGUUUGAUACAGUUAUAUUUUAUUAGAUAGUAGUUAAGGAAGGAACUUUGAAUUGAGUUGUGUAAGGGAGAUAUGCAGCUAGUUUACAGAUGACAAGUGAUAUAACUGACAUGUCUGUUCAUAGCUGAUAUAAUGUACAAAUGUCAAUGUGUUUAAAUAUAGGGAUAGGAAUAAAGUCUUCUAUGUAAAUUAAUGAGUUUUACUGUAUAUACCAAAGUAUAUAAAAUUAUAAAUUGAAAUGCAUCUUGCAUAUAUUUGUUUUGCUUAUAACACUAGUUUUGUUUCAUCUUUAAAGAAAUAUUGUUUGAAAUAGAGAAGCUAGAGUGAAUGAACCAAUCUGACUUAAGUUAAGAUCUACUUAUUUCUUAUUUGUAGACUGAUUACUGCCAUAUAUGCUUCACCUUCAUUACGAUUUGGAUUUCCCCAGAAAGCUAUUUUUAGCCAUGCAAUCAAACCUGUUUUUACAGAUAGGCAUUAAUAGAAGAAGUAUCAAAACACCUUUGUCCGUGGAAGAAAAAAAAAUUGUUCAUUUUUGUUAAAAAAAAAUUGUAAACUUGAAAUAAUAAACUCAGUUUACCUGCAGGGUUUAUGAGAAACAUUGUGAUUGUUCUCUCGAAAUCGUGAAAACUAUCAACUCAUUAUUGGUUAUAUAGCAGUUAAAAUUAGAAAAUGUAUCGUGAAAUCUCGUGGAUGAUUGCCUUCUGAAAAAUCACAAGAAGGUUACAACCUAUGGAUGAUCGUCAGAUCCUUAUGUUAAGCGUUAUUUAGGAGCUGAUUUUAAUCAGAUUGGUGUAUGAAUGUGCAUUGUAUAACAAAUCUACAAGAUAAUUUACAGUGACAGGUUGAGGGGUGUUGGUUUUCUUUAGACAUUUGCCUACGGUGAUAUUUGGUCACUGCUAAUGGUAAUUAUUUGUUAUAUCUUACAGUAUUUGAAAAAUAAACAUAUACCAUGUUCCAUAUAACUACUUGUCAAUUCAAUUUUAUAAAUUUUCAUUGUAGCUCUUGAGUUUCAUGUUAUUUUGUACAGAAAUAUUUAUAUGAAAAUAUGUCACAUUUUCUGUAAGCAUGUCGGG